ACGUGAUUACAACCAUGGACACGACGCGGCGACGCUCAAAAGUUUGGCUUGACUUCACCAAAAAAAAAAAGACCAGUCAGCUCAGUGCAACAUUUGCAAUGUAGCUAUAUCAUGCAAAGGUGGCUGCACAACCAAUAUGAUAAAACACCUCCGGCUUCAUCGAAUACAAGUCACUGAGUGCCGUGUAUUUGAGUCACUGAGCCAGGCUUCCUCUAACCAGUCAGAACAAGACACUCGACCUGACGUUAGCAUUAAUGCUAACAGUAGCCAGGCAGUUGACCAGACUCCGCAAUGUGCUAGUCCGUUCACCAUCGCAGCCAGAGGACAGAUGUCGGCGCAACAAAUUGAAGAGUGUCACAGAAAAGUUACAGCAUAUUUCGUGAAAAGGCUGCAUCCCUUUUCAGAUGUGGAGUCACCAACCUUUAGUGAUCAGUGGGUGGCCAAGAUCCGAACUGUUGUUGUCUGGAUGAAGAGGCGCUCGAUGGCCAAAGUGGUUCUCCGGGAAAAACAACAACUUCUCAAAAUGCCCCAACACUCACUCAUACUUGAUGUGAGAACGCGAUGGAAUUCUGUUUAUCUAAUGCUGGAGCGAUUUACGGAGCAGUACCCUGCAAUCCAAGCAGCCAGCUUGGAUCAACGGCUGAGAAAGAAUAUGGCAAAGGACAGGCUUGCUCGGCUAAAUGAGGAAGACUUCCGAAAAGCGGAGGAUUUCAUCAAUGUCAUGAAGCUUCUGUACACAUCAACGAUAUGCGUGUCUUCAGAGAAGAGCCCCACAUGUGGACAGAUUCUGCCCAUUCUCCACAAGCUCGAAGCACAUCUGAGUGUGGAAGAAGGAGACACAGUGUUUAUAUCAAACCUUAAAAAACAGGUGUGGGCAAACCUGGCCAAGCGCUACCAGGACAAUGACAUCAGGACAUUUCUGCAAGUGGCCACUGCAUUGGAUCCAAGAUUCAAGCAUAAGGUGGAUGACAUUGCCUGGGCUGAAAUCCUUAGAAAGCUGAAGCUGAUGGAUGAGCAGCAAUCACCUGCGUGCAAAAUACCCAGAAAGACCCCACUGGAGGAGCUUUUCGCGGAGGAAGAGGCAGAGAGCAAACUUUUACAGCAGAGCUCUAUGUCUAUCAAAAAACGGGCGGACAUUGAGCUAAAUAUGUACCAGGAAAUGCCACCAGCUGUUUUGUCUCAGGACCCUGCUGCAUGGUGGUGGAACGAAAGACAGACAUUUCCUUUACUGUCAAAUCUUGCCUUCUCGUAUUUAUGCGUUCAAGCUUCGUCAACACCUAGUGAACGUGUGUUCUCCACUACAGGAGACACUAUUUGACCGGAACGCUCACGGUUACUGCCUGAGAAGGCCGAUAUGCUAAUUUUCCUGAACAAGAACUGUUUCUGAUUUUUUUUUUUUUUCUGUACCCGCCACUCUGCACCAAGUUACCCCAUUAGCAUAUAGCAUGAUGUAGAAUUUGUGUUGUAUAUAAUGUGUCGUC